AAAGCGGCGCUGACCGCAGAGCAGCUCAGACUUGUUCCGCUCAGGUGAGUCGUGCACACACAUCUGCGUGUUAUGGAGCGCACUUUCCGCGAGCAGCUCUUUUUUCUGCUGUUGUGUCUGUCCGUCCUCAAGGGAGACUCCAGAUAUAUUGAGAGUAACGAGAUUUCAAAAGAUGAAUUAUAUUCAUUUUUCAACUCGGAUCUCAAGAGGGAAAUGCCUGAUGUGUUGAUGUAUCGACGACCAUUGCGUUGUCUGGAUAUGGUCGCAGUGGAGGGUCAGUUCACCUUUACAGCAGAGACUCCUCAGCUCAACUGCGCAACUUUCUUCAUGGCUGAGCCCACUGAAGUCAUUAGUGUGGAUUAUGACAAUGUUGACAUUGACUGCAGCAGAGGAGACUUCAUCACGGUUUUUGAUGGCUGGGUGAUGAAAGGUGAAAAGUUCCCCAGCUCCCAGGACCACCCGCUGCCUCUCUUUGAGCGCUACGUGGAUUACUGUGACUCUGGAUCAGUGAGGAGAAGCGUGCGCUCUUCUCAGAACGUGGCCAUGGUCUUCUUCCGCAUUCACAGCGCUGGUAGCAGCUUCACCCUGACUGUCAGAAAACACAUCAACCCCUUCCCUUGCAAUGUUAUCUCACAGUCACCAGAGGGCACUUACACAAUGGUUAGCCCCCAGCAGCAGAGAAACUGCAGCUUCUCCAUCAUAUAUCCCGUGGCAAUAGAUAUUUCAGAGUUCAGCCUCGGACACCACAGCAAUUUCCCAAAGAGAUCAUUGCCUGGAUGUGCAGAAUCUGGAGAUUUCGUGCAGCUUUUGGGAGGAAAUGGUAUUGAUACGUCUAAGCUGCUUCCCAUCACAGACCUUUGCAUCUCCUUUACUGGACCCACCCACAUGAAGAUCGGCUGUGAAAACACGGUGGUGAGGAUGGUGUCCAGUGGGAAGUUUAUCAGCCGAGUGUCUUUUAGCUACAGGCUGCUAGACAACCAGGAGUUACAGACGAUCAAGCUCAACAAUGUGGAAGAUUUCUGUUUCAACAACUGAUCCGGACAGGAUCAUAAUGUCACAAAUGUAUCAUUUGACUGCAGACAUUUCUAUAAUUAUUUUGUUGAAAACAAGAACCACCCAGCCAGUCUAAAAUCCAAAGAUGGGAAAAACAUGUAUAAAAAUAAAUAUAUAUCCUGUCAUAAAGAACAUAAUUUACUGACAUUUUCAAUUUUGUUGUUUUUCCUGCAUUCUGAUCUUUUAUGGCUCACUGUUGCAAAUAUAUCUCAGUUAAGUGUCCUUUUGUGUUUGAUGGAACAACCGUUUAUAUUUAUGCUUUGUUUACAGUAAGUAAACUUCUCGUUAUGUUUUUUAGGAGUUUUUUUAGUUGACAUUCUUGAAGAAUGGUGCUAAAAUGAAUGUUAUCUUUUGUUUGUGUGAGUGAGACAUGAUGUGCUGAUUCAUUUCCUACCGCAUACGACAUGGAAGGUAAAGGGAUAAAUAAAACAAAAUAUGAGUACUCGAUGCCAUUAUGCAGUUAAAUUUGAUAAAAAC